AUGUCUGUGACACAAAUACAGGAGGUGAGCAGCAGGUUUCUUCACCUUAAACCUGAAAUUCCCUCCAUCUUCUCCCGCAAACCACGAGGUCUUGAAGAGCUGGAAAGGUGGAAAGCCACGGAAUUCCGGCAGUUUAUGCUGUACACUGGUAAGGUGGUGCUGAGGGGAAUCCUGAGGGAUGACCUGUACCUCCACUUCUUGUCCUUCAGUGUGGCGAUGUGCAUUUUAGUGAGCUCUACGACUCUCAAGCAGUAUUCACAAUACGCUCAACAACUACUGCAGUACUUUGUUGUGAGAGGACGGGAGCUUUAUGGCAAGACGUUUCUUGUGUACAAUACGCACACAAUGCUCCACAUAACUGCAGAUGCCGUUCUGUUCGAUGGGUUGGACAACUGCAGUGCCUUUAAAUUUGAAAGUUUCUUGCACACCAUGAAGAGGAUGGUGAGGAAUGGAAGAUGCCCCCUUUCCCAGGUGGUGAAGAGGAUCGAGAAGAGAAAAGAAGAACCCCUGCAAGUGCAAAAACAGAAAAUUACAAAUAGCCCAAAGGACAGAGCGUUCGGGCUGGAUAGUGAGGGAGGCUGCGAUGUCAUUGAUGAGACAGAAAAAAAUGGAAUGUACUACAUUGUAGAAUUCCUUGUGGAAAACCUGGUGGGAAUAGUGGCCCAGUGUUGGACCUAUGAAGAAAAGGAGCAACAAUACAGCUACUGGCCACCAUCCAACCAGACCAAAAGGGCAAAAAAACAGGAGAUCCCGGAUGAGGAGCUGUGGAUCAGCAGAAGAGUCCGGAUCUUUGCAGCAACUGGUGAUUUUGAGAGAGCACUUAGAUGGAGCAAGACCGCUGAGGACAAGUCUGCCGUCGAAACGGAGGAGGACAAACCGAGAAAAAAGAAAAGACCUAACAAAUUUGGAGACAGCAGUGAAGAUGAGGGUUCAUCAUGGGAAGUUGAGCCGAUGAAAAAUACAAAACGUCGAGAUGGACCAUUUCCACGAGCCAAAGCAACUACGGACUCUUUAAAAAAGAAGAUAGAUAUAGCUAAACUUCCAACCCCUCCCCGGCCAAAGAAAGCAAAAAUCUCAGAUCCAUUCCCAAACCCUCCACCUCCGACCCUGGCAACAGAUGGAACUAACGAUGAACUACCAGAAUCCCAGCACUCCAUGACUCUGACCCAGCAUUUUGUCGAAGACAAGAGACCCUCUUGGCCAGCGACAGCUUGGGAGCCAAGAAAACUGCAAGAUACACUACAAGUUCUCCUUCGAAAGGUGGAGACAAUUGAAGCAAGCCAGAGGGAGAUACUUCUUCAGUUGCGCAGAAGCCAGGGAAGACAAAAUUCACCAUCUCAGCCUCACUGGUGGGGCCACUCCUGGAGAGUGCGUCAGGAGAGUGAUGCGGUCCGUGGCAACAAAUGCUGUUUGGAGUUGCUACAGCUUCAAGGGGAAAAGGGAGACGUUGCCUUUCAUUGGCACAACUGUGUGCACAACAAUUAAACGUUGAGUCUGAGCACUUCUUUCUGUGAAAGAAUCACAUAAAAUGUCUUAAAAUGUUGAUGAUCUCACUUAACACUGAAUGUAUAUGUUUGUGUUGUCUGUCCAAUUGCAGAAGCAGGUAUGAAAUGGAGGACAGGGCUGGGAGAGAAGGAGGUUGAGAUCCUGAUAGGAGAGACUUUGAAACAUACUCCAGCACAGACCAUUAAGGUCACAAAUAGCAAUGGGCAGUUAUAUUGUAUCAUAUGUUUAAAAUGACAGAUUCAAGGCUAGACAGGUAAAAUAGGGUGGACUUGACACUCACCUUUUUUGUUUGUGUAUUGUUUCGUUGAUAGGCGCAACUGGUCUCUUCAGUUGGAGGAGUAACGCUAUAGCUGCUGGAACCACGGCCUUCUUUUCGACAUGUUUUCUUUUUAAAUAAAGUUCUUGCAUAUAACUUGGUCCAGUAAGUCCCUGUCUCAUUUACAAUUACAACAUAGGAUAACGUUGUGUGUUGGUAUGGCUAAGGGAGCUCGAAAUAAUUAAUGACUCAACACAGUUAGUUGUAAUCCCAACUAAUUUCUAGGCCGACUGCUACAGCAACACUACAUUCAUAAUUUAUGUCUAUCUGCCAUGCAAAAUAUCGGCUUUGCUUAAAAACGGCUAGGGGCUAUCUGCCGGAAUAGUUUUGGGCAAAUGAGGACUGCUAGCAGCUAAUGCAAGUCCGCCCUAAAAUAGGCUGCGGUUUUCAAUUACCUGUUGAUGACCAACUGACAACUAUGAAGACAUUACGGUGUCACGACGUUGCAACGACCAUCUGACAACAGGUGCG